AUGGUCACAUGCUACCAUGGCUUUGAGAGUGUCGUAGCUCUGCUUAGCCACUGUCCUUUCCUGGAUGUGAACCAGCAGGACAAAGAACAGGACACCACCCUCAUGCUGGCUGCCCAAGCAGGUCAUGUGCCUCUGGUGAGUCUCCUACUAAACUACUACAGUGGCCUGGACCUGAAGCGCCAGGACCAGCGGGGGCUCACCACACUGAUGAAGACUACCAUAUGCAACCACUGGGAGUAUGUGGCUGCCCUGCUCAUGGCAGGUGCUGACCUUAGUUCUGUAGAUCCUGUCAGGGGCAAGACAGCCUUGGAGUAGGCUGUGAUGACCGACAGCUUUGACAUAGUGUGGAGGAUCCAGCUGCUGCUGAAGCAGCCCCGAGCUGAGCAGCUCAAUGAGAACUACCAGCCACAGUGGCCAGCCUUGGCUCAGCUUGUGCCGCAGACCCAGGCCCAGGCUACCCCAUCCCUCCUAGAAAGGCUGCAGGCCACACUGAGACUUUUUGUCCAGUCUCCUCAGGAGGGUAGUGUCCUGGACCACUUUGUGACUGUCACCACCAGCCUGGCCAGUCCCUUUCUCACUACUGCCUGCCGUACACUAUGCCCUGACCAACCACCUGUGCUGGGCACCAGAGGCAAGUCUGUGCCAGAGCUGCUGGUACAAGUUGAUACCCAGGCCUACGAGAGAUCAAAGUCUGGCUCUUCCUCUUUGGAGAUACCAGGAGCUCAGGAUGGAGAGGAAGAAGCACAGAAGCAGGAGAAAAUGGGCGAGGAGCGGGCUCUCAACAAAUAA